AUGUACGCUUCACCCACUAUAGACAGCAUUGACGGCGAGGUGGCCAUUCGGAAGCCAGAGUACGUCCCUUGUGGCAUUAAAGAGCCAUCACAGGGCAUACGAAAGCUUAUCAAAAGUCUGGAUCUCGCUAAGCACCAAGAAGGCGGGUAUUUCAAAGAGACAGACAGAUCGCCGUUCUAUAUGGAAAACCCUUACUAUCCAGGACACAACAGGGGAACUGAAGACGAGCCUUUGAGGCUAGGGAAGUCAACAGAGCCAGUUCUGCCUCAUCCAGAAGAUGCCCAAAAGAAAAUAACUCCUCACAGAAACACCUCAACCUUAAUACACUAUUUAUUGACUUGCGAUGCCUACAUGGGAAGACUCCAUAAAAACCAUUCGCGCAUAAUUCACAUUCUACAAAGGGGCCGUGGUCAAUACGUUUUGGUGUACCCUGACGGGACGAUAAAGUCGUUUGUUGUUGGCUUCGAUGUGGAAAAAGGAGAGGUGACUCAAUGGGUAGUCCCUGGAGAGGUGUACAAGGCAUCAUUCUUGCUACCGUUGAACGGCGAGCCAUCUGCUGACGACCAUUUGCUGAUUAGCGAGGUUGUAGUUCCAGGGUUUGAGUUUGACGAUCAUCGGUUCAUGCGAAGCUAUGAAGAGCUGAAGGCGCUGGUUGGAGACCGUGCCGAGGAGCUUAAAUGGCUACUGGAGGCCAACUGA